CCGGCGAGGAGGAGCUGCGGGAGAGGCAGGUGCAGGAGCCGGUCAUGGGGGAGAUCUCAGCAGAGCUCCAGGGAAGAGGAAAUCAAUCCAGUUCUUCUCAAGAGCUGCUUUUCAGGAGGAUCCAACUCGGGCCACCUCACCAGGGCUCUGGUCUCUUUGAGGAGGUGGCUGUGGACUUCACAGAGGAGGAGUGGGCACUGCUGGAUUCUGGCCAGAAGGCCUUGUGCAGGGAAGUCAUGCAGGAGAUUUCGAGGAAUAUGGCUGCUCUGGCUCCACAUUUGCCAGCUGCCGCGGGGGGCUCUUCCUGUUCACCGUCUCUCGGAUGGUCAUCCGGACUCACAACUUGCUCUUCUCUUCUCUGGUGCGGCAGGACCGGACCUUCUUCAGGAGGUGAAAGCAGGUGAGGCCCAAACAGGUGUGAGACUG